UCAUAGCCCCUGCCCUCGCUGACCGUACGGACAGGCUCCGUGUCCCCGUGCGCGUACAAAUAAGCCACCCUGGGCGGCCACACGGGGGCGACUUCACACGCGCCUCCUCCUCGCCGCCGGUAGUCAUCGCAGCCCCCACGGCGGCGCGGGCACGUCAUCGUUCGCCGCCCGGCGCGCGCACGCAGGUUUCGGCAGGGAGCCAAGAAGGCAAGAACCAUACAGACAGGCAAUAGGCCGAGACGGCGCUAAGCUCUGGUCACGGGGGGAUCGCGAGAACCUCCACAAUUCAGGUGGCCUAGAACUCCAGGAGGGAGGUGCUUCGGCAGCGUCGUGCCUCGGAUGAGAUGGGCGGCGGCGGGAAGGCCGAGAAGGCACGGCGGUCGUCGGCGCGGGUGAAGCUGUGGGUGGCGCGCGCCAGCACCGUGCUGCUCUGGACGUGCGUCGUCCACCUCGCGGCCUACCGGGAGCUGUGGGCGCCCAGCGUGCUCACCAGGUGGCCCGGCUGCCUCACCCAGCCGCACGGCGUGCAACUCCGGUCGGAGGCGGUUGCUACGGCGGACGGCGGCCAGAGGGAGGCAGUGCGCUCUAUGGCGCUUCCGCCCAAAAGAAUCUACAAAAACAAUGGCUAUCUGAUGGUCUCCUGCAACGGUGGGCUUAACCAGAUGCGAGCAGCUAUUUGUGAUAUGGUGACAAUUGCAAGGUAUCUGAAUGUUACUCUUAUUGUACCAGAGCUGGAUAAAGCUUCAUUUUGGGCUGAUCCUAGUGAUUUCCAAGAUAUAUUCGAUGUGGACUAUUUCAUAGCAUCACUGAGAGACGAGGUCCGAAUUCUGAGACAGCUGCCUCCAAGAAUGAAAAGAAGAGCUGAAAUGGGAUUUCUUCACUCCAUGCCACCCAUCAGUUGGUCUGACAUCUCCUAUUACCAUCAUCAGAUUCUACCUCUGAUAAGGAAGUACAAGGUUCUUCACCUGAACAGGACAGAUGCUCGCCUUGCAAAUAGUGGCUUACCCAUGGAGAUUCAGAAACUAAGGUGCCGUGUCAAUUAUAAUGCAUUGAGAUUUACCCCCGAAAUAGAAAACCUGGGGAGGCGUCUGGUUCAAGCUCUCCGUCGGAAUGGACCAUUUGUAGUUCUUCACUUACGGUAUGAGAUGGACAUGCUCGCCUUCUCUGGAUGCACACAUGGUUGCAGCAAAAAGGAGGCUGAAGAGCUCACGAAAAUGAGAUAUGCCUACCCAUGGUGGAAGGAGAAAGUGAUUGACUCUGAUGCGAAGAGGAAAGAUGGCCUCUGUCCUUUAACACCAGAGGAAACUGCAUUGGUAUUACAGGCACUCGGCAUCGAUUGCAGUUAUCAAAUUUACAUUGCGGCAGGUGAAAUAUAUGGUGGACAAAGAAGAAUGGCUGCCCUUACCUCUGCUUAUCCCAAUGUGGUUAGAAAAGAGAUACUACUACCUUCAUAUCUCAGUCUUUUCCAGAACCAUUCUUCCCAGAUGGCAGCACUAGAUUAUAUGGUAUCCUUGGAGAGUGAUAUUUUCAUCCCCACUUAUGACGGUAACAUGGCAAAGGUCGUAGAAGGUCAUCGCAGAUACCUGGGGUUCAAGAAGACGGUACUGCUAGAUCGGAAGCUCAUCGUGGAACUCGUUGAUCAGUACAGAAACGGCACACGGAGCUGGGCUGAUUUCUCCUCCGCUGUCAAGGCGUCACAUACCAGCCGCAUGGGCGAACCGUCUAGGAGGCAGGCGAUUCCUGACAAACCCAAGGAAGAGGACUACUUCUAUGCGAAUCCGCACGAGUGUCUGCACCAACCUGACGAUCUGUCAGCCUUGUGAUCGCAGUACACGCCUGAGGGGCGGCCUUCCAGAAUUCAGAACCAAAGCACGCUUAGGUAGGAUUGGCAAGGACUAUACUCCAGAUUGGAUUGGCAAUAAACGGAGGCCCCGUUUGUUCUGAUGAACAAGCCUAGUGACAGAUAAAAGGGGUCUCCUUCACUAUUCGUAGACACACAUUGAUGACGUGAUUCACUGAUUCUUAUUCUUUGUCCAAAAUAAAACGUUUUUUUUUGUAAUUGUUUGUACAGAAAGAGAGAAAUAGACAUUGUGAUUUUGUCUCUGUUACAGUACUGAUCUUCCUUGUGACGAUGCAAAUACAUACACGAUGAAGUUC